CGAUUCUGGAAAUAUUUCAUCAAGUUUUAAAGGAUUUUCGAAAAAAUCUUUCUCUGCGUGACGCCGACCAGGAAAAGGAUUUGAACCGACAUGCUGGAAGCCGAUUAUUAAGUUUGUUGAAUGAUCAACUCGUUGUUAAGAAAAUGACCCUUCAGAUGAAUUCAGAUUGCUGCUACCGAAUUCCCGUCUCAAUUCUUUCAAUAUUUACAGACAUAAAGAAAUUAGAAAAGAGUGUUGUUUUCUUGGAAAGAGAUGAUGGAUUUGCGGAUACGAUCGGGUGUCUAUCGCAAGAAAUCAACUUUAACAUGUCGUAUGUUAUUUCUUUAUUAAACCAUAAGUAUCAACAAAUAAAUAGAAAAGUUUUGAAUAUUUUACAUCUAGCUGUAGAAUCGGGUAAGAAUAUUGGAGUGAUAAUUGAGAGCCUUUCCGGCAUCCUUAAUUACACACAAAGAAUAAAGACCAGCCCGGAGAGAGACCGUCUUAGGAAAUUACUUAAACCAGACAUUAAUUACACCGAAUUUAUAUUUCAUGAAUAUUAUCGGGAUAGCUGCGGACUGGAGUUCAGUUUAAGUUUAGAAGCAAUUAAAAAGCUGACAAACAUUUACCUCACAUCCUUCAUCUCGUUGGCUGAUAUUCUGAUUUUGAAUGAAGCAACAGAAUACUCCAUCUCUCCCGAGAAGAUAGGUCACGUGACACACGAAACAAUGUCCUUAUGCAAAGGUGAGUAA